AUGGUGACUAAGAAGCCAUCAAUACCUGACGAAGAGAUUUCCAAGAACAAGGCUCCAGUUAUCAACGACGACGGAUAUUCUACCGGAACUCAGGUGCCUAUGAUGGCUUUGGAAGAGAAACCCGAGAAUGUGGAGUCAGCUGCGGCAAAAAAGAAGAGAAAGAAGAAGGAGAAGGAAAAGGAGAAGAAAGCAGCUGCUGCUGCCGUGGGAAGUACACCGGUAAUUGAAACUGCCGAGACAAGUAAACCAACGGAAAAUGAUUCCAAGACCAAAGGAGUUGGGAAGAAAGUGAAAAAGCUUGUUAGGGAGAGAAAAGGCCUUAACUGGAUUUCCAAAUACCCUUCUUGCUUCCAGUUUCAUCAAGAUCACGUUCUUCUUACUAAACGCAUGAUGGAGCUUGUUCAUGAAGAACAAUCCUUGAAAGAUUCUCUUGAAUCUGUUUUUGUUCCACGUCUCGCCAAAUUGCUCAUGUUUUCUUUGAAUAAUUGUUUGAAUGUUAUGAAGAUCAAUGAAAUUAAAAAUAGUUUAGGCUUUCCUGAUGAUUAUUUGAUUGGGAUUGUGAUGAAAUAUCCGGAUUUGUUUCGAAUUAGGAAUGAGAGUGGGAGGAUAAGUUCUAUGGUGGUUGAGUUGAUGAAAUGGAACCCUGAUUUUUCUGUUUCUGAAGUUGCGGCUUUGGCGAUGAAGAACGGGGUUGAGGUGAAUUUUUCGUAUUGUUUGCCUUCUAGUUGGGUGAAAUCGUUGGAAAAAUUUCGCGAAUUUGAGUUGGUUCCUUAUGUUUCGCCUUAUUCUGAUCCGAGGGGGUUGGUGGAAGGGUCUAAGGAAAUGGAGAAAAGGAAUGUGGGUUUGGUUCAUGAGUUGUUGUCAUUGACUCUUUGGAAGAAGAUUUCAAUUAUGAAAUUGGGUCAUUUUAAAAGGGAGUUUUUUUUGCCUGAUAAGGUGAAUGUUUUGUUGCUUAAGCAUCCUGGGAUAUUUUAUGUUUCUAAUAAGUAUAGGAUUUAUACUGUUUUACUUAGAGAAGGGUAUGUUGGGUCUCAAUUAGUUGAUAAGGAUCCUCUUGUGGUUGUUAAAGAGAAAUUUGGGGAGAUUAUGCAGGAAGGGCUUCAUGAGUAUAACCAGAGGCGGCGACUUGUUAAUAUCGAAAAGAGGAGAAAUAAAGGUCUUCCUUUGAAUAGGGUGGAUGAGGAUCACAUGAAGGGUAGAAGAAGGAGAAGAAACAGGGAAGUGUUUGAUGAAGAUGAUGAGGUUGAGCGAGAAAAUGGUAAUAAGCUGGGAGGGUUGCUUGACCCUGAAGAAAGAAAAAGGUUUUACAAAGUUCUUUUUGAUGAUGAUGGUUCAUGAAUGAAGAUUUGCUUAGCCUAGGACCUAGGUGUGGUGCAUGGAACAGUGUUUCAAAAAUCAAACAAACAAAACUGGACGGUUUAAUUGGCUGAACCUUGAUCUGUUUUUCAUCAGAGUUUGGUUGUUUUUGUUGAUUGACUGUGGUUUUGUCCCAGCUUAAUGUGGUUGAAUCUGACCAAAACAGAAGUCUCGUCACUUCAAUGUUCGGUUGUUUUUGCGGAUUGACUGCAGUUUUGUCCCUAUUGAAUCUGAUCAAAACAGAAGUCUCAUCCCUUCAAUGUUUGGUUAUUUUUUAUAACAUUGAUAUGUAACAUAGUAUGAUGCAUUUGAUUUACAUAAUAAUUUAGAUAGAGGUGAUUGCAUUGCAGUGCAGUGCAUCCUAUCUUUCCUUGAAAUUGAAUCAGGCUUGUCGUACUGGUUGUUAAUAAGGCAGAAUAGUCUUGAAACUUC